GCCCUGCCGGCUUCGCUCUUCACGUGAAGAUCCCUUCUCCUACCUCCCCUGUCUCCACCGCUUUCCUCCUCUCUUCCUCCCCCAAUCUCUUUUAGCUUUUGGUUUCGCUUCGAUCUCGAAUGGGGGAGGGCGAGGAGUGGGUUUGGGUCCGGCCUCCAAUGGAGGCGGACGUGGAGUGCUGGGCCGGCGGCGGAGGCGAAACGGACGACGCGCGGCCUCUCAAGGUCCAGUUCUCGGAGCCGGCGAAGCACUGGACGGACGCCACUCCCAUCGGCAAUGGCCGCCUCGGAGCCAUGGUGUGGGGUGGCGUCGCCUCUGAGACGCUCCAACUCAACCAUGAUACUCUUUGGACUGGUGUACCUGGUAACUAUACAGACCCAGAUGCACCUCCCGUUCUUUCCAAAGUUAGGGAACUUGUAGACAGUGGACAAUAUGCAGAAGCCUCCUCAGCAGCUUUUGGCUUGUCAGAUCAUCCAUCAGACGUAUACCAACCUCUUGGCGAUAUCAAUCUAAACUUUGGUGACUCUGAUGAUGCAUAUGUGGCUUAUGAAAGGGAACUUGAUCUGACUACUGCAACAGUAAGUGUCAAGUAUACUCUUGGUGAUGUAGAAUUCACAAGGGAACACUUCUCCUCAAACCCGCAUCAAGUGCUUGUGACAAAGAUUUCUGCAAACAAAUCUGGCUGUUUAUCCUUUAUAGUAUAUUUAGACAGUAAAUUACACCAUCAUUCUAGUGCGAAUGGUGCGAAUCAAAUAAUCAUGGAAGGUAGCUGUCCUGGGAAAAGAAUUCCACCAAAAGGAAAUGAAUCUGAAAAUCCGAGUGGAAUUAAGUUCUCUGCUAUUUUGGAAUUACAGAUAGGCGGUGAUGAUGGUAAAGUACAGGUUUUAAAUGAUAGGAAGUUGAAAGUUGAUGGUUCAGACUGGGCUGUAUUACUUCUUGCAGCUUCUUCCUCGUUUGAUGGGCCAUUCACAAAACCUUCAGAUUCUAAGAAGGACCCUACUUCGGCAUGCUUGAACACAUUGUCUUCAGUCAGGAAUAUGUCUUACUCUCAGCUACUUGCAUAUCAUUUGGAUGACUAUCAAAAUCUUUUUCAUCGUGUCACCUUGCAAUUGUCAAAGAUCUCCAGUGGUGCUCUAGAGGAAAAAAGAUUGGCCUUUUUAAAUCAGAUCCCUCUUCAGAAUAGUACUGCAUCUGAUGGUGGUGUGUCAGGAUUGGUAAAACUAAACUCAUCAAAAGUUGAUUCUUCAGCAAAAUUAAUGGAUGGCACUUUCAAAUCUACAGCAGAAAGGGUGAAAUCCUUUAAAGAUGAUGAGGAUCCAUUAUUAGUGGAACUUCUAUUCCAUUAUGGUCGUUAUUUGCUUAUCUCUUGUUCAAGGCCAGGAACCCUAAUUGCCAACUUACAAGGAAUAUGGAAUAAGGACACUGAGCCGGCAUGGGAUGCAGCUCCUCACUUAAACAUCAAUCUGCAAAUGAACUAUUGGCCAUCCCUUUCUUGCAACCUCAGUGAAUGUCAAGAACCCUUAUUUGAUUUCAUUGCUUCUCUUGCAGUCAAUGGGAAUAAAACUUCGAAAGUCAAUUAUGAAACAAGUGGUUGGGUGGCACAUCAGGUCUCAGAUGUAUGGGCAAAAACAUCACCUGACCGUGGUGACCCUGUGUGGGCUCUAUGGCCAAUGGGUGGAGCUUGGCUUUGCACACAUCUAUGGGAGCAUUAUAGUUUCACUAUGGAUAAAGGCUUUUUAGAGGAUAAAGCAUACCCUCUGUUGGCAGGAUGUGCUUCCUUUCUGUUGGACUGGUUAAUUGAAGGACAUGGGGGAUAUUUAGAAACCAAUCCUUCCACUUCUCCAGAACAUUAUUUUAUUGCUCCAGAUGGGAAGACUGCAAGUGUCAGCUAUUCAUCGACUAUGGAUAUGGCCAUUAUAAAAGAAGUUUUUUCUGCAGUUAUUUCAUCUGCUGAGGUCUUGGGGAGAUCCGAUAGUGAUUUUAUCAAGCACAUCGAGAACGCACUAUCAAGGUUGCCCCCAACAAGAAUAGCUAGAGAUGGUUCGAUCAUGGAAUGGGCACAAGAUUUUGAGGAUCCAGAUGUGCAUCAUCGACAUUUGUCACAUUUAUUUGGGCUUUUCCCAGGACAUACAAUAACAAUUGAGAAAACACCUGAUUUGUGCAAAGCUGCUGCCAACAGCCUUUACAAAAGAGGGGAUAUCGGCCCAGGGUGGUCGACUACAUGGAAGAUGGCUUUGUGGGCCCGCCUUCACAACAGUGAACAUGCAUACAAAAUGGUCAGGCAGUUGAUCAACUUGGUAGAUCCUGAUCAUGAAGGUGAUUUUGAAGGAGGGUUGUAUAGUAACUUAUUCACAGCACACCCUCCAUUCCAGAUUGAUGGCAAUUUCGGUUUCACAGCGGCGAUUGCAGAAAUGCUUGUCCAGAGCACAAAACAUGAUCUCUAUUUACUCCCAGCUCUCCCACGAGAAAAGUGGGCUGAAGGUUGUGUUAAAGGGUUGAAGGCCAGGGGCAAUGUAACAGUUAAUGUCUGCUGGAAGAAAGGGGAACUUCAUGAAGCCUGCUUUUGGUCUAAGAAUGAAAACUGUCUCAAAAGAUUGCAUUAUAGGGGAACUGUCGCCACUGUUACAUUAACCCAUGGAAACAUCUACAGAUUCAAUAACCACCUAAAAUGCGUGAAGACAUGCUUCUUGAAAGAAGGAACUUUUUUUUGAUUAUCUGCUAUUUUAGAUGGGUCUACCAAAAAGCAAUAGUUUCUUGAGAUCAUCAACUAAGGAGCUUCCUUUUCUUACCUUCAAUUCAAGUCGGCCGGAUACAUUCAUCUUUGAUAUCAAGUUUCCAUUUUACACGUGUUAAGGACAAACUGUAACAGAAUGAGUGGUAUAGAGAUACCAUUGGAGAUACAAGAUUUUUCUUCUGAUAAGUAAUAAAGGGAUGGCUAAUGGAACCAUGCAAUUCAUCAUUAGAAUGCAUGUAUUUCAUAUAUA